GAAUUUGCGUGGGAGAUUUAUCUUCACAAGGUCGUGCCCAAUGUUAACCCUCAUACUUUCGUUUUUAUUGUCGCCAGUUUCAGCUUUAGAUAUCUCUGGUUACACGCUUGAACAUAGGUUCAGGGAGAAUGGGGCUUUCAGUCAAAUGGAUGGAACUUCGAUUAAAUCAUCAUCUGGAGUUCUAACUUUAGUUUCCGGGGGUCACGUCUUUUCAACUGAUGAAAAACAGCAGCUUCAGGAGUCUGCAAGGGCCGGGUACAUGUAUAGCGUUCGUAUGCCUGUUAAAAACGAAGAAUAUAUUGAAGCUUCGAUUCGUUCGUGCCAAAUUAUUGCCUCUAGGAUGAGAUUAAAGCUCACUGUUAGCGUUAAUGACGCCGGGGACCCAAUUGCAAUACAUAUGAGCACUCCGAAGUACGACUGCUCAUAUGACAUUUCUGAAAGUUUUAUGGACCUCCCAGAUUUAUCUAUUACUUUAGCAUUGCAAAAACCAAAGUUAGGACCAAGUCCUGAAACUGCAAAGUAUCUAGAGAAACUCGAGAAGCAACGUGAAGAAAUGGCUCGUGCUGAGCAAAGUGACAAUCGUUCUUUCUUUGCUAAAUAUUGGACCUACAUUAUUCCAGCAGUUUUCUUAUUCAUCCUAUUCUCCAGUAUGCAAGAUCCUAAUGCAGCUGGAGGAAAUAUUGGGGGUGGUAAUCAACAGUAGACGAAAACUUAAUAGAUAUCAAUCCAUAAUACUGUUUGUAAAUUAUGUUUGGUUUUAACAAUACUUGUAUGUUUAUUUUAUAUGUUAUUUUUCAUUUUGUUAAUAAUGAAUUCUAAUUUGGAAUUUAUUUCUUUUGAAUAUUUACAUAAAAUACUUGUAAUUUACUCGCCGAUUACUUUUGUAGAUAUUUUAAAAAAAAACAGAAAAUAAUUCAAUGUUACGCUCUAUCA